GUCUUUUUUCCUUCUCGUCCCCGUCUCAAUCAUUUUCCUUUCCUUUUGAAUAUUCAAUCGUCCCCUAUAUCAGGAAAACGCGAUUUCACUUGGCUUUCUUUCUUUGGUUCCCACCUUUGAGUUGUUCUGUCGCCCAUGGAUUCUUCGCCUGCUCAACGUCGUCUCAAAGCUAUUCAAGGCCACCUUCUCUCCAAAUCUGAUUCUCUUUCCCAGCUCCGACCCCAUCUAACCGCCGGCGAGUUCGUCCUCGAGCAAGGAUACAGUGUUGUACUACCAGAGAAGCUACAGACAGGAAAAUGGAACGUGUACAGAUCUGCCCGUUCACCGUUGAAGCUGGUGAGCAGGUUUCCUGAUCAUCCUGAAAUUGGUACACUGCAUGAUAAUUUUGAGCACUCAGUUGAAACUUUUCGAGAUUACAGAUAUUUGGGAACUCGGAAUCGAGUUGAUGGAACUGUUGGGGAGUACAAAUGGAUGACUUAUGGAGAAGCAGGUACUGCCCGGUCGGCAAUAGGUUCUGGUUUGGUUAAUCAUGGAAUCCCAAAGGGUUCCUGCAUUGGGCUAUAUUUUAUUAACAGACCUGAGUGGCUUAUUGUUGAUCAUGCUUGCUCUGCAUAUUCGUAUAUUUCAAUACCAUUAUAUGACACGCUUGGUCCUGAUGCUGUGAAGUAUAUAGUUAAUCAUGCUACUGUACAAGUUAUAUUUUGUGUGCCUCAAACACUAAAUUCACUGUUAAGCUACUUGUCAGAUAUUCCAACUGUACGUCUAAUAGUGGUAGUUGGAGGUAUAGAUGACCAAAUUCCGUCUCUUCCAUCCUCAGCUGGAGUUGAGAUCAUGACUUAUUCAAAACUACUUAAUCUGGGAAGCAGCAAUCAUAUGCCUUUUCACCCACCAAAACCUGAUGAUGUUGCAACCAUCUGUUAUACAAGUGGUACAACUGGAACCCCAAAGGGAGCUGUGUUGACCCAUGGAAACUUUAUUGCAAGUGUUGCUGGAGCCACUUUAAAUGAAAAAUUCUAUCCUUCUGAUGUUUAUAUAUCCUAUCUUCCAUUAGCACAUAUUUAUGAAAGAGCAAACCAGGUCAUGACAGUACAUUUUGGAAUUGCAGUUGGAUUCUAUCAGGGAGACAAUAUGAAAUUGAUGGAUGAUCUUGCUGUCCUAAGACCUACUAUCUUUUGCAGCGUUCCUCGGCUUUACAAUAGAAUAUAUGCUGGCAUUCUCAGUGCUGCCAAAACGUCUGGUGGUCUGAGGGAGAGGCUUUUUAAUGCUGCUUACAAUGCUAAAAAGCAAGCAAUAUUGCACGGAAAGAACCCAUCUCCCAUGUGGGAUAGAUUAGUUUUCAAUAAGAUUAAGGAAAAACUUGGAGGACGAGUUCGCUUGAUGGUGUCAGGCGCUUCACCUUUAUCGCCUGAUAUAAUGGAUUUUUUGAAGAUUUGCUUUGGUGGUCGAGUUUCUGAAGGGUAUGGAAUGACCGAGACUACUUGUGUAAUAAGCUGUAUGGAUGAGGGUGACAAGCUUUCUGGGCAUGUUGGCUCUCCUAAUGCGGCAUGUGAGAUAAAACUUGUUGAUGUUCCAGAAAUGAGCUAUACAUCUGAAGAUUGGCCCAAUCCCCGUGGUGAAAUUUGUGUCAGGGGUCCCAUUGUCUUCCUGGGUUAUUACAAUGAUGAAGCUCAAACGAGAGAGGUGAUUGACAUAGAUGGAUGGCUCCAUACUGGAGAUAUUGGGAUGUGGUUACCUGGUGGUCGUCUCAAAAUUAUUGAUAGGAAAAAGAAUAUCUUUAAGUUGGCACAAGGAGAGUACAUUGCUCCGGAGAAGAUUGAAAACGUGUAUGUCAAGUGCAAAUUUGUGGCACAAUGCUUUGUAUAUGGUGAUAGCUUAAAUUCUUCUUUGGUUGCUAUUGUCUCCGUGGAUCCUGAUUCCUUAAAAGCGUGGGCUAAUUCUGAAGGCAUUGUGUAUAAUGAUUUGGCGCAACUUUGCAAUGAUCCAAGAGCAAGGGCUGCUGUCUUGGCUGAGAUGGAUGCUGCAGGAAGAGAAGCUCAGCUUAGAGGUUUCGAAUAUGUUAAAGCUAUCAGUUUGACACCGGAACCAUUUACUAUGGAAAACGGCUUGUUGACUCCAACAUUCAAGAUUAAGAGGCCUCAAGCGAAAGAACACUUUUCAGAAGCAAUAUCUAAUAUGUAUAGUGAACUCUCCAGAGAUUCAUCGUUGUAACGGCCCCAUCUUGGAGCAGGAGCAUUACGUAACUGAUUGUUGUACGUUAUUGUAUUGUCUCACAAAAAUAAUGCUGGAAUCCUGUUAUCAUAUUGAUUCUCUCGAUGACAGUUCUUUGAAAGUGUUUUUUCUUUUUUUAACAAUAGAAGGAAUUCAGAUUUCA